AUAAAUGUAUUUUUUAUGAAACGUUACAAAAAUCCUUUUGAAGCAGCAAUUGAGGAGGAGGAGGAGGAGGAGGAGCGAGAUGAAUCUCCUCCAGAAUCACCUGUUUCCGACAAUGGCAGAGGCGUAGAUGGCAGUGAAGAAGAUGUUGGCCAUCUCCGUCAGGUGAAGAAACUUAAAACCUCUGACAAUAUGGAAGUUGAUCUCACCCAAAUCCCAACUGUUGAAGCUAGUGAUCGUGAGAAGAAGGUAGCCAAGAUGCAUGCCGUUAUAUCGCAAUUCACAGAGGAUCAAAUGAGCAGAUAUGAAUGUUUCAGGAGAUCUACUCUUCAUAAAUCAAAAAACAUGAAGAAGCUAUUAGAGAGUAUAACAGGGAUUAAGAAUAUGAACAACGACGACCCUAGGCUUUCGGUUAUUAGUGGUAUAGCAAAAAUGUUUGUUGGUGAGCUCGUGGAAACAGCUCGACUAAUUAUGGUAAAAAGGAACGAAGCAGGACACAUCAGGCCUUGCCAUAUCCGAGAGUCCUACCGCAGGCUCAAGCUCCAAGAGAAAGUGAUACAAAGGACAGUUCCCCGCCUUUUCCGCUAAGUCAGAGAGUGACUCUGAGAAAGACAAAUCACUAUAUCUUAAAAGCCAAACCCAUAACAUAAGAAUUGUUUUGUUUUCUGUUUUGCUUUAUAAAUGUGCUGGUACUAUUCGGAUAAAAAAAAAGACAAAUAGACCGGUAAGGGAUGAAAACAUAGUUCAAAAAUCACAACCCAAGAAAACAGACAUAAAUAAAAGUCUUUGCUUUAAAGUCGUGAAU